GAUUUAUAAUGUGAUAAAAAUAUGAUUUUGCUAAUUUGGGUAUGUAUCUUAAUUUGGGUUUUGAGGUUGGUAAUCAAGUAAUUAGUUUGCACCCAAAAAAAAUCAUGUAUUUAGUGCUGGGUUGUUGUUAAUCUUGUUAUAGGAUUAUGUUAACCCAUUGAAAGCCUCAGUUUCUGCUAUAAUUUUACUGUUUCUAGAUUUAGUUUAGUUCUGUUAAUGGUGUGUUUUGUUUUCUUUCCAUUUCUGUUGAUUAGAGAUUUGACUUCUUGUGGUAAUAAAUACUUGAGUUGCUAUUCUGGGUAUCAAAUUGCAGUCAAAAUUGGAUUUUGAAAGACUUGUUCUAUGGGAAGUUUAGUUUGGAAUUUGGCUUAAAUCGUGUAUAUAUUUCAGAGGUUUCCUGAUAACCUAAGCAUGAAUAUCUGGUGUGGCUUAUGUAGUUUCACUAGACAUGUCGUUGACCCUCUUUGGUUAUUUAUCAUCAUAGCUCCGAGUUGUCGGAUCACGUCUUCAAUUGGUUGGUAUAGUUAUUGUUGAACUCCAUGUACAUUUGCAUUCACAUUGAUUGUAUUUAAUUUCGUUAUUAAUAAGCAAUAUUCAUAUGUCAUUGAUUAGUUUUCUUUUCUCUACUACUGUAAUCUACUAGUCUUGUAGUGAUUUAUGGAAAUGCGCAUAAGUAUUCCAAUCUGUUUAUUAUCUAUGUUAGGAAUUAAUAAUGUAAAGGUUAAACGGCCAAAUGAUUUGGAUGACGUAGGUCUUUGAGACUAGUUGGAAGAAGUUUAAGGAUAUUUGGUAUGGCUGGGUCUCUUCUAUAUGGAGUGGAUUUAUUUUAACAAAGAGAAUUUAAGGAUCUUUCAAGUAAUCUCUUUUAUAUCCAGCUUCUUUUACAUUCCAAACCUUGUUUAUCAUGGAGAAAGUUUAUCAAGUUGUGCACUAUUCAUUAAGUUGCUUAUGGUUCCGGAGCACCGGAGAGGAUGGGCAAGUGUGUAGAUUUGAAUUUUUUGAUUUGAGAAAGCUUCAAACCUUCUCAAAAACUAACAGGGAGACCCCAUGUGCAAAUUGUGGGAUUUCAUCUUGGUCUAGGUAUAGUAGUGCUGUAUGGAUGCAGAAUUUAGUUUGGUUUUGCGUAAGUGUAUUUUUGCAUAAGUGUAUUUUGUGGAAAAUUUUAUGGCUGGUGGUUCUUUAAUUGCUUGAACUGUAUGGUAACAGUAGGCAUGUGUCAACACUGUCCAUGAUUAUAAUUUUCCGUCGGCUAGAACUGGACUCUAGGUGCUGCUUUAUAUUUAUGUACUUGUAGAAUGGUGGAGACGAGAAAGGGUAUCAGCCUUUUAGUCAUUUCAAAUUGACCAUAACAUCACUCCUGCAAAUUCAAUUUAAGAGGAAAUGAGAAAAAAGUGACAGAAGUAACACUGACAGUGCAUGCGAUAGUAAGUUAGCAACAAUGGAAAUUGAGAUAGAGUAGAUGCUGUUCUACUACUCAUUACAAAUUAUCUGCCACUGGAUGUUCUAUUUCAAGUUACUACAUGGGUGAUCUCAGCCUGCGGGUCAGAGCAGUUGUUUUUGGGGGAGGGGAAGAUCACCCAUAAGAUCAUAAUAGCUUGGGUGCUGAGUGAACAUGAGGAACCUAGCUGUAGAUUAACAGAUCAGCUAUCAGUUUCCAUUUGAAAUUACUUUGGCUAAUCGUAGCCUGUGGGUCAGAACAGUUUUUAUGAGUGUGUUGGGGGUUUGGCAAUCUACACAGGAUCAUACUUUAAGUUGCAGCUAUCAACAAGAAUAUAGGUUCCAAGAAGGAAGCAGAUUCAGGUGUUGCUAAAUCAACUACUCAUUUCGCCUUAGUUUCCAAUUGUGGUGGCCAUCCAUUAAACUCAUCCAGAAUCUCCUAAAUCCACUUUUCAAACUUGAAAAUGGGAGUUCCUGCUCAACGCUAUCAGGGUGCAAAGUUGUUAGAUUUUUCAUUUCAAGAUCAGGAUUCAUGUUCAACUCAAUCAACUGGUCAAUCUUAUACCAGCUCUGCUAGCUUUGGAGAGAAUGACCUUCGUACUCAAAGCAUGAGUUUUGCCCAAUCAGGUUAUAAUACUCAUGGGAAACAUGAAAGCGGUGAGUAUAAAUUCAACUUCUCAAUGGGAACUCAGGAUUACACCUUACCCCCUCUGCAGACUGAUUUUAACCAAGCCGUUCCUCAGUUUGCUGUCACUUUUCCUGAUCAACACUACAAUAGCGUAAUGUCAACAUAUGCGCCUCAAGCUGUGAUGGUGGGAAUCAUGCCUGCUCGAGUUCCUCUCCCUCUCGAUUUUUCAGCAAGUGAUCCCAUCUAUGUCAAUGCGAAGCAGUAUCAUGGUAUCUUAAGGAGGAGACAGCAUCGUGCUAAGCUUGAGGCUCAGAACAAACUUGCCAAAAACCGAAAGCCAUAUCUUCAUGAAUCCCGACACCAACAUGCAUUGAAGCGGACCCGGGGAUCUGGUGGGCGUUUUCUUAACAUGAAAAAGCUCCAAGAAUCCAACACUUCUGCUCAAAAUACCAAGGACCAUAAUAAGGUUUCAGGCGCAAUUUCACUACAUUUGGCUGGAAAGGCUUCAGGAGCUGAAGUUCGCCAGCAAGAAAACCAUAGAGAAGGCACCUCCACAACAUCUUGUUCUGAUGUCACUAGUACCUCUAACAGUGAUGAUAUCUACCAUCCACUGGAAUUUAGGUUCUCUAACUACUCAUCAGGCUAUGGGGAAGCUGUGCUAGGUGGUGGUAGCGCGGAGAACUAUAUUUGAGGGGGUGAAAAACAGCAUCCCGAUCAACACUCUGGUUGAGAAAUCACCCGGAAGAGAUUUUGGUUGUUGAUCAUCAUUCCUUAAAAGGGAAGUCAUCCUUGGCUCAGUUACUUUCUGCUUUGUAUUAAGUUUUUUUAUAAGCUGUCUAAUUUUCGAAGUGUAGAGAUUUAGUUCUUUCUAAUUACUUUCUGAAUGAUGUGACAAAUAAACUUGGUUGGAAGAAAGCGGAUUAGUGUGGUGAUUUGUAAUUAUUGGAUAACAUUAUUAUCAUUUGUGUAAAAUUACACUUUGAUUAAUGUCAAGCUGCCUGUUGGACAUAAAGCUGGCUCUCCUUUAUUUUAUUUC